AACGUCACUUCGUCUAUACUUGACAACAAAGUCAGCUGGGAUCUACAAUCUGCUGGGGUCAGGUGGCAGUGAGUGCGUGAUCCUGGGACAGUAAGGGGCUCAAGAUGUUUUCCGCCCUGCGCAAGUUGACGGGCCGGGGAGCAGAUGGCCCACUUACCCCUACGUCACCUCCAGGGGGGGUGCAGGCGAUGGCUGCAUCCUUACAGCGUCGAUUUGCACGCGGUGUCCAGUAUAACAUGAAAAUAGUUAUAAGAGGAGACCGGAAUGUAGGGAAGUCCUGUCUCUUCAGACGCCUUCAAGGUCAGCCAUUUUGUGAGGAUUAUGUGCCUACAGAAGAAAUUCAGGUGGCCAGCAUACAGUGGAGUUACAAAGCUACAGAUGAUGUUGUGAAAGUUGAAGUGUGGGAUGUUGUUGAUAAGGGAAAGAAGAAGAAGAAGAUGGAAGGUUUGAAGUUGGAUAAUACAUCUUUGGAGUUUGAAGAACCAGCUCUUGAUGCGGAGUUCCUAGAUGUUUACAAAGGAACCAAUGGGGUCAUCCUUAUGCUUGACAUGACAAAAAACUGGACAUUUGAGUACGUCCGACGGGAGAUUGAAAAUGUGCCUAGUCAUAUUCCAAUCCUGGUCCUGGCCAAUCACAGGGACAUGGGCCAUCAUCGUGUUGUGUCCGAAGAUGAUGUGAAGUUUUUCAUUGAGAGCUUGGAGAGACCUGAUGGCGCAGCUGAUGUCCGGUACACAGAAUCUUCCAUGCGCAAUGGCUUUGGUCUGAAGCUGCUGCACAAGUUCUUCAACCUGCCGUUCCUGCAGCUGCAACGAGAGACUCUCCUGCGCCAGCUGGAGACCAACACGGCAGAGAUUGACGCGACCAUUCAGGAACUAGAACUCUACCAAGAGAGUGACGACGCAAACUAUGAUGUAUUUUUGACUCAGCUGACUGAUCGACGAAGAGCAGCAGCAGAAUCGGUUGCCCCAGUUGCACAGGUUGCUGCCCCAAUCAACACGUCACCCAUUCCGCAGUCACGAUCCAUAAACAGCAUGGCAUCCGCAACAUCUGCCCCUCCCACAGUAAAUGGUCCUAAUAGCUUAGCUGUUGCAAAGUCAGUGUCAGUUCCAGUCAGUCUAUCAUCAUCUGCUUCAAGUACGCAGUCCAGCCCUCGGCCCACAGAUCGAGUAUCACCUCAAGUGCCAACACCAGCCACACAAACAGCCAAGACACCAGCAACAACACCACAAGCAUCUAAGGCAGCCACGGCCACAACCCCAACCACAGCACCAAGCACUAGCACUAACAACAGCAGCAGCAACAGCAGUAGCAACAGUCCCUCGAGUGGUGCACAAAACUCGACCAGCCAGAGUCCAGAGAAAACACAAGAGAAGACUAGCUUUAUGUCUCGAAUUUUUAACAAGAACAAAGACCCAGAACCUGCAGUGGAGGCAACGGCUGACUGCGUCAUGCCAACAGUAGGAUCUGUGGACCCUGUCUCUGUGGACGACUUUGUACCUGAUGGCGGCAAGUUAGAUCAGUCUUUCUUGAGUGAUGUCCUCACCUCCUCUGGCAAAGAACCCAGCCCCACUGCCGAAGAGGACAGUGAGGAAGAAUGUGAUGGAAAUCCAAUGGUGUCAGGCUUCCAAGUGGACCUAGACCCAGAUGACCUCAACCUCGGGUCGAAUGUAGAAAUUGCUGCAGACGAAGACUUUGAAGAUGACUCAGUGGGAAUCUUUGCAAAAGUAGACUCUGUGCUUGAUAGUAAAAGUGACGAGAAAGAGGUAAGAACUUCUAAGAAGCCAAAGAAUAACAAACGGAAAGUUAGUGAUAGUGAGAAACUAAACUGUGAAAAUGACGUUUCAGUAGCCUUGUCCAAAUUAGGCCUUGAGGGGUCACCAGACACUCACAGCAAUAAAGAGGCUGGGAUUGUACUUAACUUUGGACACUGUGAUGGGGAAGAGCAGGCCAAGGAGGACAAGUUAGAUGACUGGCUAAACUCAGAAGAAGGAACUAUAGCCAAUCCUUAUAUAUCCACUGCAACUGACAUGCCAGAAGGAGCUACUCUAGAUGACUCUGAUGAUAAUCAAGGUUCCUCAGUGGAGACGUGCAAAGGAGUGGAGAAGAUGAGCCACCACAGCUGUAGCACAUCAAGGAGCGAGAGCCCAACAGAACACUCGGAGCGCAAAAAGAAGCAUAAGAAGAAGGAUAAAGAAAGGAAGGAAAAGGAUGAUGAUAAGUCAUCUAAGAAACACAAGAAGAAGAGCAAAGAUAAAGACAAGGAGAAGGACGGAGACAAGAAGAAGAAGAAGAAAAGGCGAGACAAAGAGAAGGACGACCUCGAGGAAUUCUUCGGAGCCUCGCCAGAGAAGGAGUUUCGACGAGGCUUACGAAGCCAUCUGAAUCCGGCCAUUCCCUGUUCUCCCUUAGUUCGUCCAAAUAGUAUUUACGUAGAAGCUUCCAGUUCGGUCUUAUUGAUAGUAUUUUCUUAUUUAUAUAGUUGGUAAGGUAUGGGAUGGACUGUCAUGUAUGUGUAUCAGUCAGAAAGUUUGUUAUUUGUGCUUGGACAGUACAGUGUAUAUGAACCUUUUGAGAUAUAGAUUUUUUUUUUUCUUUUUAAGAAGAACCAGGGAUAUUACACCAUUUGUAUCGAGUAAUUGUGAAUCAAAACCAUUACCACUGUUAUGAAAGUGAAUCUUCUUUAUCAAAGAUUAAUAUGUAAAGUUUUGACAGUGUAUGAUAAAGGAAUGCCCAAUGCCUUUUCUUGACAGUGUAAGCCAUUAUAUAACUUUUUCUUUUUUUCUUUUUGGAUAAUGUCCAUUAGGAAAAAGAAUGGUCUUUGGAAACCUGCUCAUUUUUUUUUUUUUUCAUAAUUGCAAAGAUUUUCUAUUUUCUUUUUUUUUUCUUUUUUUUUUAUUUAUUUAUUUAUUUAUUUAUUUAUUUAUUUAUUUUUGAAUGGGUUUGGGCAAUGAUGACCAUAUUUUAAACACUGAUUUCCAUAUAAGAGGAUUUUAUAAUUAACACUCCAUUAAUGCAUUUCUAAGAUUUUUAUCACUGGAGAAUAUAAAUGUAAAAUUGAGAAUUGUUAGUGAAAACAGUGAGCAUAAGAUGCUGGUUGAGAUAGCUGGAUAUUUUAUAUUUCAUCAAUGAUUUUGCUCUUCCAAAUUGAUAUGAAAUUAUAGACAAAAAUCUUGACAAAAAUAAGUACUUCUAUAUUUAUAUAUAAGAUGGAAAAAUUAGAGACAAAUAUUUAAAGUUUCAUAGUAACAUCAUCAUUUGUAAAGUGGUGAUGAAAGAGAAGAGAAAAUAGUCUUACUGUUUACUGAAGGUGCCAUGCGAAUAAUUUAAGGAGAGGAACACAGCAUUUUUACCCUUAGUGUCAUAAAAAUAACUUUUGUGUGUUUUUGUUAUUGUUGCCAAUUUUUACACCAUUAUCAUCAUCAUCAUCAUCGUCCAAAAUACGACUGGGUUAAAUCAUUCCCUGUUAUUCUCUUCACAAGUCCACUGUUCUGGAACUGGUCAAUACUUACGUCGCCAUUUUCAUUAUUUUUAUUAUUGCUUCAUGUUUCUCAUUCUAAGAAUUAUAUUCAAUAUUGUUAACAUUAUUUUUUUAUUGGUUACCAUUAUCAUAUCAUCAUAUUGGAUGCACCAAAAUCGUACGAGGGCUGUGACGGAAGAUUUCACAGUGGUUGUACAUGCCGGAUCACAAUUUGUAAACGCACCAAUGUAAGUUUUCCUCUCCUUGCUUGCGUAUGUUGACUAAUAAUGUUGUGGCCUUGGCUUUAGUUAAUCUGAGCUUGGGAAAUGUGAAGAUAAGCUUUGGCCAGAGUAAUAAAGUGUUUGCUAUAUCCUUUAAUUUGAUAUGUGUUACUGAGAAGCAGUUAUUGACUGAUAGUCAUUUCUGUCCAUGAUUAUUGCAAUUUAUUUUUUUCUUCUUCAGAAUCAGAGCCAUUUUAGUAAUCAUUGUAUGGACGUGAUAUGGAGUGAACUGUCUAUGAAUGUUCAACUGGAAUGAUAUUACUUUCCUCUGAUUGUCAUCAUCAGUAUUGUUGUGGGUAUAGUUAUUCUCCAUAUGGUUACUGGUAACUAACUGUUAAUGUGUUAAUUGUUGAGUAUAACAUGUUUAUGUUUACAUUUGUCAUUAGAGUUGGUGUGAAGCUAUUUAGGUGUAGAUUAUUUGUUAUGAUUUUUUUUUUUUUUUUCUUUUUGCCAAGAUGCAAAAAAAAAAAGAAGGGAAGAUGUUAUAAAAUGGGAAAUCUUGAGAGUGUCUGAAGAAGAAGAUGGAUCAGCUGUAGUGGACAGCCAUUGCAUCUUAUGUUGACCCGUAUGUCAUUCGUGUAGAAUGUUCUCAGAGUACCUUGUGCUGGUUGGUUUUGGGGUUUGAGUUUUGUUCUUAUUGUUUUCAUGAUUCUUUUGCCAAAUAUUAGUACUUAAUUACAUCCUUACAUACAUAUGUAUGUAUACAUCUUCGCUUGUGUAUCCAUACACACAUGUGCAUACAGUGAGCACAGGAACACGUGUACAAGCAUAUACACAAAUGCAUGUAUGUACACACAAGCAUACACAACCACAACCACACAUAAAUACAUGUGUACCCACACCCUUGCAUACUACACCCAUAGACACCCACACUCAUACCCACCCACACCC